UGUUCUUCAAAAGAAGAUAAAUCGGUCGCCGACCAGGGACCCUUGUUCCGAGCUGACUUCGCCGGCGACGGUGUCCCGGUUGUGUUACCGGAGAUUCCUUAUUUGUUUCUUGCUAUUUUUUUCACCGAGGAGCCCUAGUUGACAGUUUCUGUUCCAGGAACCAGACAGGUCGAGAGGAGGAGGAGAAGAAGAAGAAGAAGAAGAAGAGAAAGUCAUCUUUCUCGGCUGUUCUUAUUACAGGAGGAUGGCUGGUCUUAAUCUAUUCGUCGCAGUAGCUGCUACUGUUGCCCUAAUUUUCACUUGUCUCCCGCUCGCGUACUCUGUUCCUUUCAUUGUAUUGCAUGGAAUCAGUGAUAAGUGCAGCAAUCGGGGAGUGACUCAGUUUACUGAUCUUCUAAGUGAGUGGUCUGGUUCCAAAGGAUAUUGCUUGGAAAUUGGAAAUGGAUCAUGGGACUCGUGGACUAUGCCCCUUAUCGAUCAGAUAUCGGUUGCUUGUGAGAAGGUGAAGAACAUGCCUGAGCUCAGUGAGGGUUACAACAUUGUCGGGCUUUCUCAGGGUAACAUGAUUGGUCGAGGCCUUAUCGAGUGGUGUGACGGGGGACCUCCGGUUAAGAAUUUCAUAUCGGUAGCAGGCCCCCAUGCUGGUACAGCCUCGAUCCCGUUAUGUGGCUCUACGUGGGUUUGCAUCAUGCUGGACAGUCUGAUCAAAACAGAAAUCUACAGUGACUACAUUCAGGAACAUCUGGCUCCUAGCGGCUUUCUCAAGAUCCCGACUGACAUUUCGAGUUACAUGGAAGGUUGCAAGUUUCUUCCAAAGCUGAACAAUGAACUCCCCGUGAAAAAUUCGACAUAUAAGGAAAGGUUUUCGAGCUUGGACAACCUCGUGCUCAUUAUGUUUGACCACGAUGCCAUUCUGAUACCAAAGGAGACUUCAUGGUUCGGGUACUAUCCCGAUGGGUCCUUUCAGACUGUUCUUCCGCCGCAGAAGACCAAGCUUUAUACCGAGGACUGGAUCGGUCUGAGAUCGUUGGACGAAGCUGGAAAGGUUAAGUUCGUAAACGUGUCCGGGAAUCAUCUUCAGAUAUCGUAUAGCGACAUGAAGAAGUAUAUAGUGCCGUAUUUGGGCGACAGAGCAUCUGGUAAGCCUUUCAAGGCAUAUGUGAGGAACAAGCAGAGGAAGAUUUGGCUGAAGAAUGACGAGCUUCGUGAAGGAGAAGACGUUUGAGGAAGGAAUUGGGGAAGGAUCUGUUGCUGUAACAGAUUAUAGUUGUAUUUUCAUUUUAAUAUUGCCACGUCAGAUGGCUAUAGCGCUAUAUUCUACUAUAAAUAAUACAGCAGGGGGAUUGUCUGGGGGAUAUCAGAAAUAUUGGGGAGUGGAUUGUGGGGAGAGUUGGGGGCCUCUCAUUAAUCAAGCCUAUCCAAGUUGUGUUUGAGAAAUAUAAGUGGUAUUUUGGAGGGAAAAUCUUAUCA